AUGCAAAAAUUGUCCUCCAUUGCUAAGAACUUGUCUCGUAAUAUCUUGCACCACCACCACUACCACCAACUUCACAGCCGAGUCCCCGGCGCCAGUAAACCACCCUGUGAUGUUUUCAUUAAUCAUCGAGGAAUUGAUACCAAGAGAACCAUUGCAGGAUUGCUCUAUGACCAUCUUUCAAGACUCGGCAUCAAGCCUUUCUUGGAUAGCAAGAACAUGAAGCCUGGUGAUAGAUUAUAUGAAAAAAUUGAUUCUGCCAUUGAAGAAUGCAAGCUAGGGGUUGCGGUUUUCUCCCCUCGUUAUUGUGAUUCGUAUUUUUGUCUGCAUGAGUUGUCUUUGAUAAUGGAGACUAAGAAAAGAGUGAUUCCAAUCUUUUACGACGUUAAGCCUUCUCAGCUUCGUGUUAAGAACAAUGGAAGCUGUCCUCCCCAUGAGCUUCAAAGAUUGAAGAUGCUCUUGAAGAGGCAAAGUACACGGGACUGGUCGGAAUUCUUGACGACGGCGACGUCUGCGAUUGUAAAAAACUUGAUUGAACUAGAGGGAGAAAGAGCUCGUAAGAACCGUAAAAAUUUUGUGCAGAAGUUGUGAAUGAAGAUAAGAAAAGCUUGUCUUUGUCCAAAGCAAUAAAGACCAAACAUGCACGACGAUC